CUCGAUAACAGUUGAAAAGAAGAGUAACGAACCAACAAUCGUUUUGGAUAGGCCGAAGCUGAUGCUAAAGGAACUCUCCAGGAAAUGGCUUCUUCAAUUAUAUCUUCCCAAACCAGCAAUUUGAGUUCUGCAUUUUUGGGAGAGAGAAAUGCAAUCUGUGUUUCUAGCAUUCCUGUUACUCGUGUUAGUUUCGUGAGGAAGGCUGUAGAAUGUAAGGAGUCAAGAAUAGGGAAGCAGCCAAUACAAGUGCCAUCCAAUGUGACAAUUACAUUGGAGGGUCAAGAUGUAAAAGUAAAGGGUCCUUUGGGAGAACUUGCAUUGACUUAUCCACGAGAAGUAAAGGUUGAUAGGGAGGAAUCUGGGAUUCUGAGGGUCAGAAAGGCAGUAGAGACUAGGAGAGCUAACCAAAUGCAUGGGCUUUUCAGGACUCUUACUGACAACAUGGUGGUGGGAGUAUCAAAGGGUUUUGAAAAGAGACUUCAACUAGUUGGAGUUGGAUACCGUGCAAUGUUAGAAGGAAAAGACCUGGUGCUGAGUCUUGGCUUUUCCCAUCCAGUCAGGAUGGCAAUCCCAGAAGGCAUUAAAGUGAAGGUGGAAGAAAACACCAGAAUCGUUGUAAGUGGAUACGACAAAAGUGCCAUUGGUCAAUUUGCUGCUUCUGUUAGAAAAUGGAGACCUCCGGAGCCAUAUAAAGGAAAGGGUGUGAAAUAUGCUGAUGAGGUUAUCAGAAGAAAGGAGGGAAAAGCAGGGAAGAAGAAGUAAUGUUGUUGUAUCUUGUUUUCUCAUUUAUCCUAUCAUUUUGUGCUUGUUUAUGAAUCUGUAAUGAAAUGUACUCGUCUUGCUGCUCAAGCAAUUUCUCACAAUGAAUGAAUAGUUGAUUCUUUUUUCCCCAU